AUGGGCAGGUUCUUAUCACACGGUGGUCGUUUACAGCUUAUCAAAUCAGUUAUCGCAAGCCUCACAAACUUCUGGAUUCAAGCGUUUAGGCUCCCUAGCAGCUGUCUGAAAGAAAUUGAGAGGUUUUGUUCGGCUUUCUUAUGGUCAGGACCUGAACUGAAAACAAGCAAAGCCAAAGUAAGCUGGAAAGAUGUCUGUCUACCGAAACAGGAAGGGGGGGUUGGGGCUCAGGCUGCUAAAAGAAGUAAACGUGGUUCAUGGUUUAAAACUACUCUGGAGGAUUCACUCUGCGCGCAACUCGCUUUGGGUUCGAUGGGUGCAUUGCUAUCUGAUCAGGAAGGGAUCACUCUGCUACUGAAACUCCGUGAGCUUGCAAAGCAGUUCUUCAAAAGGGAAGUCAAAAAUGAGAAAGAAACAUCAUUCUGGUUUGAUGUGUGGUCACCACUUGGAUGUCUCAAGGACAUGUUGGGAGAACGAGGAUACAUUGCUAUGGGCAUGUCUGAAAACGCGGUGAUGGCUGAUGUUCUUGGUAAUCAUCGGAGAAGAAGACACAUGCUGAAUCUCCUAAAUGAGAUAGAAAAUGAGAUUGCACUUCUUCAAGCUGACUCCAUCCAAGAAGAAGACACACCUUUUUGGAAACAAAAAGAAGGGAAGUAUGCUAGUGUUUUUUCAUCAAAGAAAACUUGGCUACAGAUACGAUCUACACAACAAAUCUGCGAGUGGAGUAAGGGUAUUUGGUUCACGCAAUCCACACCAAAAUACUCCUUUCUUGUUUGGGUUGCUCUCCGCCAACGUCUGCAGACCUAUGACAGGAUACAACAAUGGAAUGGGGUAGUUGAUGCAACUUGCGUACUCUGCAAGGUAACAAAUGAAACUUGCCACCAUCUUUGUUUUAGUUGCGACUACUCAAAGCAGAUUUGGAAGGCCUUAGUCGGGGGGAUUCUUCAGAGAGCAUUUACUACAUCAUGGAAUGAGCUAAUAGAGAUCAUCUCGAGCGCAAGGAUGUCACCCACAGAGCAGUUUCUUAUUCGCUACGCUUUGCAAGCGACAGUUCAUGCGUUGUGGAAAGAAAGGAACGCUCGCAGACAUGGAGAGCAGCCACAGCCUGCAACUACUUGGAAGAGAGUUUGA